AUAACUUACAUCCACCCAUCUGCUGGUGAUCUCUAUUACUUGAGGAUUUUGGUUAAUGUUAUACGAGGUCCAUCAAGUUUUGAUGCCCUCCAUACUGUUGGUGAUGUGAUGUUCGAAGAGUUUCGGAAUGUAUGUUAUGCUAGAGGGUUACUAGACGAUGAUAAAGAGUGGCAUGAAGCUGUAGAUGAGGCAUCAUAUUGGGCAACUGGAAAACAAUUACUUCGACUGUUCAUGCGGAUCUUGACCUACUACAAGGUUGGUAACCCUCUAAAGUUGUGGAACCAUGUGUGGAGGCAUUUGGCUGAGGGUAACUAAGAACCAUUUAAGUGGGUCAUUGUCUCCCUUUUGGAGAUCAAUUCACCAGUUUUUAAUAUUUUCCUGCUACGAUGAGUUUAGACUCAAACCUUUCUCUUUUAUGUUUUCAAAUAAUAAAAUAAAAAACCAAAAAAGAGGCAAUUUAAAUUGCCCAAAACAUGAUAACAUGAAAUCUAUAAUUAUUCCUGCUUAAAACAUAUUAUGCAAUUUUUUUAAAAAAACUCGAUGCGAUUAUCCUAAGUGCAACAAUAUAAUUGAGGUUACGUCAUCCCACACAAAUAUCUAAUGUCAGGUUUAACCUAUAUUUAUAAGAUAUUUAAACCCACAACCAUACCUUAAAAGCGUUGACCAUAUGACUCAAAUUCUCUGGAUGAUAAAAACAGAACAUUUUACAUUAUUUGAAAAUGAUAAUUGGAAUUUGAAAGGAAUACAUAACAUAGCUUCUACGUAUUAUCAACCAAAACCAAAAAAAAAAACAUCAGCACAAACUAGCUACCAUGCAAUUGCAGAACACCUAGGUACAGAGCUCUGAAAACAGACUUAAUCAAUCGAUCAUAUAAUUCUCCAUGGACAGAGUUAAUAUUCCUCCACUUAACUGUUUUUCUGCCAUACUAAUGUCAUUAUAUGUCGUUAACUAUAAAACCGUUAUCAAUGAUUCGAGUCCGAAUACGUUAAGGCCAAAAAUAAAACACUUAAAUGUUCACCAUAAAAAAAAAUCAAAGCUAUCUAUAACUGCCCUAGAAAACAAAAAGCCAAAUGAAAAUAAAUACUACCAUAGGAGCAGACCGUCGAGUUACAAGCUACGUACAUACAAGUGUCUCUCUGAUAUAUUUGACUUUCACAAGCUCCAAAUAUACCAAAACACUUAAAUGGGGAAGAAGAAAUCUUAGAUAACUAUGUAAGCACCAAUUAAGCUCCAAAAAAAUCUUUUAUAAACAGGAAAGUCAUUAAAUCCACGCUCUCAUGCAAGCAAAGAAUGGAAAAUAUAUAUACUUUAGAUAUAUAAAGGAGAACUUCCCUUCACCUGGCCUGCCACGUCAUCACCGCAGGGGAAGGAGAAAUCUCCACGUCAGCACCGUCUCAUACGUUUGAUUAUUUACGGAAGGCGUUUAUCUUUUGGGUUUUGUGUUUAUUGUUUGUUGGUUUGGGUUGGCUUUCUCUGAUUUUGAUGUUUAUGCUGGGCUUUUUUUUAAUUUUGGCCCAACAACCACUCCUCUUUUUCCACGCCGUCUACUGACACGAAACUAAAUCCUAAUAUCAUCAUCUUCAUCGUCGUAGAACAGAGAUCAAGUAACGGAUCGCGAUUUAUGUUCAAUCCAUAAACACAACAUUUAAUCUCAGUAAAUUCUCUCCCCACUACUCCUCAAUUCACCAGAACCUUCGAUCUCUUCGGAUUCUUCAGGAUUUGUAUCCUAUAAAUAGGUAUUCAAGGCUUCAUGGUUAUCACAGAAGGUUUUUUUUUCCUACUCAUAACUCAAACACAUACCGGCGUGAACUAUGGCUGCUCCCCAGAUCUCCCUUUCCGAGUUGAGGCGAGGACGUUGUGCUCGGAUCGUUGUGACACGCCUGCUCCGAUUUUGGGAAGCUAGGAAUGCUAAGAAGGGCGGUGAACUAAUGGGUCUCGAUAUGCUUCUGUUGGAUGAUCAGUCUUCUCUUAUCCAAGCAUCUGUUUCUGUCCAUCGGCUUAACACAUUCCGAGAACUUCUACGUGAAGGAGCUAUGUAUGAGCUUAGUGGAUUUGAUGUGACUAGAAGCAGCAAUCAUUUCAAGCUUUGUGAUUUUGUUGUGUCUAUCCGGCUGAACGAGUUUACAAAGAUGGUUGAAGUGGCCGCAGUUGAUAAUCCGAUCCCUACUGAGCUGUUCAGGUUCCGAACUCUUGAGGAACUCAUGGCGUUAGCUAACACUAACGUUCAUCUUCCAGACAUCAUUGGUGAGGUUUCUGAUAUCAGGACAACGUACAAUGAUCACGCUCAGACAACUCAGCGAGUGAUGGUUACUAUCAAAGUAUAUAACGAUGCAACUGUGUGCGUCAGUGUUUUCGACAGUGUAGCUGAGCUACUCCACAAGAGGCUGGAGGCUGGUGUUGUCCAACCUAGAGUGAUGGUGGCUACGAACAUCAAUCCUAAGUUUGUAGGAGGUCGACUUUAUCUCAAUGCUAUCUCUGGGACUCAUUUUUAUUUUGACGUGACGGCAAGCCGGACUCUAUUUUGACGUUGUCUUCCAAACCCGACAAUGACUCCACAAGUGGGAAGUCUGCCUGUAGACUGUAUGAGAAAUCAGCCAAUUUACAGCAUGAGACUGUAAGAAGACCAGAUAUAGAUAGGACUAUGUUCACAGCAUGGAUGGUCGCAAAUGAGACUUAUGAAGAGGCCCGAGAGCUAACCUUUGUUGAAUUUCAGAGUAGGUUUACAUACCACAGUGAUGAAAUAAUCUGGACACCAAGACAAAAGGUCACUGCUAUAGGAAGGAUAACUUACAUCCACCCAUCUGCUGGUGAUCUCUAUUACUUGAGGAUUUUGGUUAAUGUUAUACGAGGUCCAUCAAGUUUUGAUGCCCUCCAUACUGUUGGUGAUGUGAUGUUCGAAGAGUUUCGGAAUGUAUGUUAUGCUAGAGGGUUACUAGACGAUGAUAAAGAGUGGCAUGAAGCUGUAGAUGAGGCAUCAUAUUGGGCAACUGGAAAACAAUUACUUCGACUGUUCAUGCGGAUCUUGACCUACUACAAGGUUGGUAACCCUCUAAAGUUGUGGAACCAUGUGUGGAGGCAUUUGGCUGAGGGUAACUAAGAACCAUUUAAGUGGGUCAUUGUCUCCCUUUUGGAGAUCAAUUCACCAGUUUUUAAUAUUUUCCUGCUACGAUGAGUUUAGACUCAAACCUUUCUCUUUUAUGUUUUCAAAUAAUAAAAUAAAAAACCAAAAAAGAGGCAAUUUAAAUUGCCCAAAACAUGAUAACAUGAAAUCUAUAAUUAUUCCUGCUUAAAACAUAUUAUGCAAUUUUUUUAAAAAAACUCGAUGCGAUUAUCCUAAGUGCAACAAUAUAAUUGAGGUUACGUCAUCCCACACAAAUAUCUAAUGUCAGGUUUAACCUAUAUUUAUAAGAUAUUUAAACCCACAACCAUACCUUAAAAGCGUUGACCAUAUGACUCAAAUUCUCUGGAUGAUAAAAACAGAACAUUUUACAUUAUUUGAAAAUGAUAAUUGGAAUUUGAAAGGAAUACAUAACAUAGCUUCUACGUAUUAUCAACCAAAACCAAAAAAAAAAAACAUCAGCACAAACUAGCUACCAUGCAAUUGCAGAACACCUAGGUACAGAGCUCUGAAAACAGACUUAAUCAAUCGAUCAUAUAAUUCUCCAUGGACAGAGUUAAUAUUCCUCCACUUAACUGUUUUUCUGCCAUACUAAUGUCAUUAUAUGUCGUUAACUAUAAAACCGUUAUCAAUGAUUCGAGUCCGAAUACGUUAAGGCCAAAAAUAAAACACUUAAAUGUUCACCAUAAAAAAAAAUCAAAGCUAUCUAUAACUGCCCUAGAAAACAAAAAGCCAAAUGAAAAUAAAUACUACCAUAGGAGCAGACCGUCGAGUUACAAGCUACGUACAUACAAGUGUCUCUCUGAUAUAUUUGACUUUCACAAGCUCCAAAUAUACCAAAACACUUAAAUGGGGAAGAAGAAAUCUUAGAUAACUAUGUAAGCACCAAUUAAGCUCCAAAAAAAUCUUUUAUAAACAGGAAAGUCAUUAAAUCCACGCUCUCAUGCAAGCAAAGAAUGGAAAAUAUAUAUACUUUAGAUAUCGUCACAUGAGCCCAAUAUUUUUAAACAUCGACAACUUCAAAGAAAAGACCCUCCUUGAUAAUAAAACUUUCUUUGACAUACAUAAAUUUUAAUAAAGACAAGAAAAAAAUUAAACGUUUGCAUAACAUAAAAUUAGUUCCAAAAUGUAAAAACACAAAUACUCAACUAACCCUUAUUCUAAACAUGGACCUCCAUCAUCUUCAUCCAAAUACAUUGUGUUUAUGUAUUUAAUUACUAUUUAACCACCACCUAUACAUAUAAAAACAUAUAUAUAUAUAAGUAAAAUAAAACACUAGCAUGAAACAAAAAAUAUAACAUAUACGGAAUAAAACAAAUUCACGACCUUCCGCGUGUAGCGCGGACACACCCCUAGUAUUUAAUAUUUCUCAAUGAAAAAAAGAGUUGGGCUCUUCCUGAGCUGUUCACCUCAUCAUUUGCAUAUAGCUAACUAAUGCCACUUUAUCAAAUAAUAUUUGCCAACCUAUUUUGAAUCUCCAUUAGCAUUUCUCCAGUUGUAGAUAAACUAUAAUGUGUGUUACAAAAAAAAAAAAAAAAGAAGAAGAAGAUAAACUACAAUCUAUAGUUGUGCAAUCAACUAGCCUUGGAUUGAAAAUUUCCAUGGUUCCAUAUUUGUUAUCAUCUUGUUCUGAUUUUGCUUAUAAAAACUUUAACACUCAACUGGAUAUACGGAACAAAUGAGAGUGACUACUUGUAUAGAGAUCGAUCAUUUAUUUAACUCUACGAAAAAUUACAAGAAGAAGCGCAAAAGAUGAGAGACAGAAACUUGCCAAGGCGAAAAAGCAGAAAGGGUAACUGAUUGGAAUGAAAAUAGCAAAAGCCUCUAACUGAGCAAGUGGCUCUUAAGAUUUAAGCAUGAACAUGGUGAAUAUGAUAGAGAUAGUAUUGGUUGUUGAACA